GAGGCGUGGGCUUCUGGAAUACAGGUGGGACCCUAAGGAGACAGUUGGACAGCUGUUGUGGCUUUUUUUUUUUUCCCCCUAACGCUGUGUGAGCUGAGAGGGAGACGAGGUUAACGAGUUGUUUGGUGCUGAUAAUCGAUUCACCCACCAUCCACGGGUCAUGGGCUCCAUGUUCCGCAGUGAGCAGGUGUGCCUGGUUCAGCUUUUCCUGCAGUCUGGUGCAGCCUACAAUUGCGUCAGCGAGCUGGGAGAGCUGGGUAUUGUUGAGUUUAGAGAUUUGAAUCCAAAUGUGAACGCAUUUCAGAGAAAGUUUGUCAACGAGGUGCGAAGAUGCGAAGAGCUCGAAAAGACAUUCGCAUUUCUGGACCAGGAGAUCACACGCUUCCUCUCUCCAUCACUGCGUUCAUCCCAGCAGGAACCCUUACUCAGCCCCCCGGCCCCGCAGCCAAGAGAACUGCUCACUAUCGAGGAGGAGAGUGAGCGCUUAGCCCAGGAGCUCAGAGAGGUUUCCAGGAAUCGAGACAGCAUCCGAGCUCAGCUGAAUCAGCUGUGUCAGUACAAAGGAGUGCUGUCUCAGAUGCACUUUCUCACUAGCUCUCAGGCGGCGCCACCUUCCUCAUUUGACCCGGUGGGUUUAGCAGAGAACAGGCAGGAUGUAAGGCUCAGCUUCGUAGCUGGCGUCGUGCACCCAUGGAAGGUACCAGCCUUUGAGAGGCUUCUCUGGCGUGCCUGCCGCGGUUACAUUAUCGUGGACUUUCGAGAAAUGGACGAGAAACUUGAACAUCCUGAAAGCGGUGAAAUGGUGCAGUGGACUAUCUUCCUCAUCUCCUUUUGGGGAGAUCAGAUUGGACAGAAGGUGAAAAAGAUCUGUGACUGCUUCCACACACAGACGUUCCCGUAUUCAGACAGCCAGGCAGAGAGAGAGCAGGUCCUGACUGGACUCAAGACCAGAAUCGAAGACAUCAAAAAAGUGAUGAGUGAGGCAGAACAUUAUCUUCAGCAGUUGCUAAUGCGGGCUGUAGCUGUUUUGCCACAGUGGCGUGUUCAGGUGCAGAAGUGCAAAGCCAUUCAGAUGGUACUGAAUCUCUGCAGCCCCUCAGUCACUGAGAAGUGCCUGAUUGCUGAGGCAUGGUGCCCCGUUAGUCAGCUUCCAGCUUUGCAAAGUGCCCUACGUGAGGGAGGGAGGAAGAGUGGCAGCAGUGUCGAUUCAUUUUACAAUCGCUUGCCUGCCACCAGCUCUCCUCCUACCGUCUUCCCCACUAAUAGCUUCACCGCAGGCUUCCAGAACAUCGUAGAUGCUUACGGAGUUGCCAGCUAUAGAGAGGUCAACCCAGCACUCUACACCAUCAUCACGUUUCCAUUCCUGUUUGCCGUGAUGUUCGGGGACGUGGGGCAUGGCCUCCUCAUGACCGUUGCUGCUCUCUGGAUGGUUCUGGAAGAGAAGGACCCCAAACUGAGGAACAACACAAAUGAGAUCUGGCGUAUGAUGUUUGGAGGACGCUAUCUCAUUCUACUGAUGGGUCUUUUCUCUAUCUACACUGGCGCCAUCUACAACGAGUGCUUCAGCAGAGGUCUUGUAGUCUUCCCGUCAUCCUGGCACAUUCGCCCGCAUGCAACCCACUACAACUGGACUGAUGAUAUUUUUAGGACGACCCCAUAUCUCACGCUGGAUCCAAAUGUUACAGGAGUAUUUAGUGGACCCUAUCCAUUUGGCAUUGAUCCGAUCUGGGGAAUGGCUAAUAACCACCUGACGUUCCUUAACUCCUAUAAAAUGAAGAUGUCCGUGAUUAUUGGAAUCAUCCACAUGACAUUUGGAGUCUGUCUGUCUUUGUUCAACUAUGUACACUUUGGGGAGAUAAGCAGUGUGUUUCUGGUGCUGUUGCCCGAGUUGUUUUUCAUGCUAUGUUUGUUCGGUUACCUGAUCUUCAUGGUGAUUUUUAAGUGGGUUGUUUAUACUCCCAUGCAAUCGAACACUGCGCCCAGUAUUCUCAUCCACUUCAUAGAUAUGUUCCUGUUUACAGAGAAUAAAGACAAUCAAGAACUUUAUACAGGCCAGAUGACCGUGCAGAAGGUUCUGGUGGUUGUUGCAUUGUGUUCAGUUCCUGUGUUGCUGUUGGGAAAGCCCAUCCAUGAGUAUGUCACUUUCACGAAAAAGAAACGCCAGGCUGCUUUAGGGGGUGACAGGCGUCCACUUUUAGCAGAAAACGGCUCAGUAAAUUCUCAGCAGGAGGAGACCGAGAUAAAAGCAGAAGAAGAAGAGGAGGAGUUUGAUGCAGCCAAUGUUUUCAUGCACCAGGCCAUCCACACCAUUGAGUACUGUCUGGGCUGCAUUUCCAACACUGCCUCUUACUUGCGUCUCUGGGCCCUGAGUUUGGCACAUGCCCAGCUCUCAGAAGUGCUUUGGGUGAUGGUCAUGCACAAUUCCUUCUCAACCACCAGCUACGUUGGAAGCGUGGUGAUGGUUUUCAUAUUUGCAUUUUUUGCCAUCCUAACUGUUUCUAUUCUUCUCAUCAUGGAAGGUCUAUCAGCUUUUCUGCACGCUCUGCGACUUCACUGGGUCGAAUUUCAGAACAAGUUCUACAGCGGUGCUGGCUACAAGCUAAAUCCAUUUGCAUUUGCCUCGUUAAUUAGCUUAUCUUCACCCCACUGAUGGUUUGUUAUUUUCAGAGAAUUUUGUGCCUACCCAGUGUCUUUUAACUCGAACAUUUCAGAACGGUGUUUCAUUUAUCCAUGCCAUGUUGGGAUUUACAGUGAAGACGCUUCUGUUUCAGAUCAGUCAUCAUGAUGGAGGAAGAUUCCCGUUUUAUGUUUAACCAAACAUCAGUUUUAGUGCUUCUUACAACGGUUGAAGAAUUUGGUUUGCAGUAACACACUUCAUAAAUUUCAUAAUAAAGAAAAUCUGAGCAUUAUGGGACCUGAUAUUAUAUACUGUAUGAUUCAUUCCAUUCCACAGAGUCGAGUCUGAUGAGCUCAGAACGAGCACCAAAUGAACCUCAGGGAGAUUUAACUUAAAAAAAAAAACUUUUCUGUCUGUGUAACAAUAAGGUUGAGCUUCAGAAUUUUCUUCCUAUUCCAAAAAUAAUCAGUGAAUGAAAAAUUCAGAUGGGAAUAAAAGGGAAUUAUUUGUUCCAGUGGCUUCUUGUUCUGUGCUUUUAUAUAAAUUAACAACUGUCUUGAUGUUCUGCAUGUCUUUUAAUUUCUUGCUUUACCAAUGAAAUGUGAUUUAUAACUGAAAUGUGUAACUCUGCAAUACAAGUUAAUACAAAGCCAAUAAAACUUGUAGCAUAUU